AUGGAGGAGGACGCGGGAGCUGCUAGCCCGGCGCCGGAGCCGGAGCCGGAGCCGGAGCCCGAACCCGAGGUGGAUCCCGCCCGGGAGUCCGAGCCCGAGGCCGGCACGUCCGAGGCGUUCUCUCGCCUCUGGACCGACGUGAUGGGCAUCCUGGAUGGUUCCCUGGGAAACAUUGACGACCUGGCCCAGCAGUAUGCAGAUUAUUACAAUACCUGCUUUUCUGAUGUGUGUGAGCGGAUGGAGGAGCUGCGGAAACGGCGCGUUUCCCAGGACUUGGAUGUGGAGAAACCCGACGCCAACCCCACGUCACUUCAGCUGCGGUCCCAGAUCGAAGAGUCCCUGGGCUUCUGCAGCACCGUGUCAACACCAGAAGUGGAAAGAAGGUACCCUCUCCAUAAAUCAAACUCAGAAGACGGCUGUGUAGGCAAAGGAGAUUGGAAGAAGAAAAACAAAUACUUCUGGCAGAAUUUCCGAAAGAACCAAAAAGGAAUAAUGAGGCAGACUUCAAAAGGAGAGGAUGUGGGCUAUGUGGCCAGUGAGAUUACGAUGAGCGACGAGGAGCGGAUUCAGCUGAUGAUGAUGGUCAAGGAGAAAAUGAUCACCAUUGAAGAAGCCCUCGCCAGGCUGAAGGAAUACGAGGCCCAGCACCGUCAGUCAUCUGCCUUGGACCCUGCAGACUGGCCUGAUGGCUCCUACCCGACGCUGGAUGGCUCAUCCACCUGCAACUCAAGAGAACAGUCGGAUGAUGAGACCGAGGAGUCGGUGAAGUUUAAGAGGUUACACAAGCUGGUAAACUCCACUCGAAGAGUCAGAAAGAAACUAAUUAGGGUGGAAGAAAUGAAAAAGCCCAGCACAGAAGGUGGAGAGGAACACGUGUUUGAGAAUUCCCCAGUCCAAGAUGAAAGAUCUGCACUGUACUCUGGAGUGCACAAAAAGCCAUUUUUCUAUGAUGGCUCUCCCGAGAAGCCUCCAGAGGAUGAUGCAGACUCUCUCACCCCAUCUCCAUCAUCCAGCAGCCUGGAUACCUGGGGAGCUGGCCGGAAGUUGGUCAAAACCUUCAGCAAAGGAGAGAGUCGGGGCCUGAUUAAGCCCCCUAAGAAGAUGGGGACAUUCUUCUCCUAUCCAGAAGAAGAGAAGGCCCAGAAAGUGUCCCGCUCCCUCACAGAGGGGGAAAUGAAGAAAGGUCUUGGGUCUUUGAGUCACGGGAGAACUUGUAGUUUUGGUGGAUUCGACCUGACAAAUCGUUCUCUGCAUGUCGGCAGUAAUAAUUCUGACCCCAUGGGUAAAGAGGGAGAUUUCGUAUACAAAGAAGUAAUCAAAUCCCCUUCUGCCUCCCGAAUCUCUCUGGGGAAAAAAGUGAAAUCAGUGAAAGAGACCAUGAGGAAGAGGAUGUCUAAAAAAUAUAGCAGCCCGGUCUCAGAGCAGGACUCGGGGCUCGAUGGAAUGCCUAGCUCCCCCGCCUCAGUGAAGCCUGACUCUGAACAAAUAGACAAACCUAAGCUCAAAGCUGGCGGCUCUGUAGAAAGCCUUCGGAGUUCUCUGAGUGGCCAGAGCUCCAUGAGUGGUCAGACCGUGAGCACCACCGAUUCCUCCACCAGCAACAGGGAGAGUGUCAAGUCAGAAGACGGUGAUGAUGAAGAGCCACCCUAUCGGGGUCCCUUCUGUGGGCGUGCCCGUGUACACACUGACUUCACCCCCAGUCCCUAUGACACAGACUCUCUGAAGCUCAAGAAAGGAGAUAUCAUUGACAUCAUCAGCAAACCGCCCAUGGGUACCUGGAUGGGCCUGUUGAACAACAAAGUCGGCACGUUCAAGUUCAUCUAUGUGGAUGUGCUAAAUGAGGAAGAGGAGAAGCCCAAGCGCCCUACCAGGAGGCGGAGGAAGGGAAGACCAUCCCAGCCAAAGUCUGUGGAGGAUCUCCUGGAUCGGAUCAACCUGAAAGAACACAUGCCCACCUUCCUGUUCAAUGGCUAUGAAGACCUGGACACCUUCAAACUCCUGGAGGAAGAAGAUUUAGAUGAAUUAAAUAUUAGGGACCCAGAACACAGAGCUGUUCUCUUGACGGCAGUGGAGCUGUUACAGGAAUAUGACAGUAACAGUGACCAGUCUGGCUCUCAGGAGAAGCUUCUGGUGGACAGCCAGGGCCUGAGUGGACGUUCCCCACGAGACUCUGGAUGCUAUGAAAGCAGCGAGAACUUAGAAAAUGGCAAAACUCAAAAACCCAGCGUUCUGCCCACCAAGUCAUCCACGGAGUCCAAUUUAAAGUCUUUCAACAGGAGUCAGCCAGGCAACUACCCAACAUUGCCUUUAACAAAGUCAGGGGAGGUUCGCAAACAGGGAGAGGAGGGCAGGCUGGGACGAGGUCUAGCCCCGGACACUGCCAAGUGCUGUAACGUGCCCUGUGUGACUGGUUUGAAUAAAAACCGAAGGAGCCUCCCAGUGUCCAUCUGUCGCAGCUGUGAAACGCUGGAGGAUCCUGAGCCUGUGGAAAAUUGGCCCCGAUCCCAUUCCCUGGAUGACCUUCAGGGAGAUGCUGAUGUUGGCAAGGAUGUGCCUACCGAGAUGCCGGAAACCUGUCCUAAGAAUGUACCAGAAGUGCCACAGAAGACAUUUGCCUGCACCUCUAAGGUUCUGCCCCGAGGCCAAGAUUCCACUGCAGAAGAUGUGAUGCUUCUGACCCAAAGCAAGAGAUCUUCUGACCCCCCAAAAACGAAGGCUAAGAAACUGGAUGGCUCUACGGUGGCCUCUAACCUUGGCGUAGCUCCUCCUCAGUGUAUACCCAGAAAUUCUGAGGCUCAGCCUCCUGCUAAACCUGGCUUAACAAGGACGUCUCUUGAGGGUCUCAGAAAAGGACAUGACCACAACUCCCUGGGCACCAAAGAAGGGGUGGAUGGGGAACAGAGUGCCCCUGAGACCAGGACACAGUCCAGACAUCCAUCGCAGCCCCCGCCUGUGCCAGCCAAGAAAAGCCGAGAGCGCCUGGCCAAUGGCCUGCACCUGGUCCCCAGCUCAGAGGCACCCAUUCUGCCACUGAAGAAGGCCAGCCCUGCCAGCCCCGUCAGCCCCAGUGACUGCCCCUCUCCCAGGGAGCCCAGGUCUUCCUCGGGGACUGAGCCGGGCAGCCCAGUCUGCACGAGACCUCCACCCUGGCUGGCCGAGUUGCCUGAGAGCACCAGCCUGCAGGAGCACGGUGUAAAGCUGGGCCCAGUGCUGAGCAGGAAGGUUUCCUGCGUCCGGGGUGUAGACCUAGAGAUGCUGACUGAGAACAAGCUGCAGGCUGAGGGCAUUGAUCUCACUGAGGAGCCCUACUCUGAUAAGCAUGGUCGUUGUGGGAUCCCUGAAGCCCUGGUACAGAGAUACGCAGAGGACUUAGAUCAGCCUGAGAGGGAUGUUGCCACUAAUAUGGACCAGAUCCGGGUGAAGCUGCUUCGGAAGCAACAUCGUAUGGCGAUCCCGAGUGGUGGGCUGACGGAAAUCUGCCGAAAGCCCCUUUCUCCUGGAUGUGUCGCGUCCCUGUCGGAUUGGCUCAUCUCCAUCGGCCUGCCCAUGUAUACGAGCGCCCUUUCUGACGCAGGGUUCAGCACGCUGAGCCAAGUGCCUUCCCUGUCCCACACUUGCCUUCAGGAGGCCGGCAUCACAGAGGAGAGACAUAUAAGGAAACUCAUAUCCGCCGCCAGACUCUUCAAACUGCCACCAAGCCCUGAGGCCAUGUAGCCAGGCCUGCCGUGGCCCUCCGUGGACAAGAGCCAGCCUUUCAAUGUGCUUAGGAAGCCGAUACAAUCCCUCCAUAUCUGCUGGGGUUGACCUGAUUGGGAAGAAAAGUACCCGCUCGGGGCUCACAAACUGCAGGGUUAGGACUCAGAACUGAGGACCCUCUCUUCCGGAAAAGGCCUCCUCCCUUGCCCCUUGAGGAAAUCAAUGUGGUUCUCUUUGAUGCCCAAAGGCAAGACAAGCACUUAGUUCUGUUUUCAGACGCGAAAGAGCCAAGAUGCCGACUCACUGCAAACACUGUGCGUCCAGUCUGUCUUUGUGCUGGCGGAGGGCUAGGAGGACGAGGCAGCCUGCUCGUGUCUGAUCGCGCCCUUGCGCAUCUGUCGGUCAUCCGACUGGAUGCCCGAGCCCGAUGGGCUUAGCUAGGCCAAAGCAACAGACUCUGGAGUUACUGUAUACUAUUGACCAUGCUCAUGUGUUCAAAAGCUACAACAGCUGACUCUGUCAAGAACAGACCAGUCCUCCUCUCCUGUAGAUAAACGAGAGACAUUUUAAUUGCUUUCUAGCAAUUAGCUUUUAUUUGCCUUAAUAUAAACUUUUAACCAGUUA